GGUUGUAUGCUGUCUCGGCCAAGACGGGAAAAUCCGUCUCACCCUUUCCCCGGUCGAUUCGCCCCCAAAUCCCUCGUCUCCCUCCUCGGGCUCGCCUCGUCCUCCCCCUUCGACUCAUCUCCGUCGAUUCGACGCCGCCGAGGUCUUCUAAUUCCAUAUAGGGGGGAGACGGAGAGAGAGAGAGAGAGAGAGGUGGCAAUGGCGGAGAACCCUGCGUCCGCUUCCCCCAACAAGCCCCUUACGCAGCCAGCACCUGGCGUCAGCGACGCCUCCAUAACGCCGUCCAACCCCCAGAACCCGAACCUCCCUUCCCCCCAAAUCCCCCCUUCGCCGUCCAUGGCCGCCAGCGAUCUCGCGCAGAUCUCUUCCCCCCAAUUGUCCCAACCCCAAUCGCAGGCCCUCAACGCCGCCGCAGCCCUAGACUACUCCACCAAGCAGCAGUCCAUCCAAUCCCAGCAACAGCAACAGCAACAGCAGCAGCAGUUGCAAUCUCAGCAGCAGAUGCAAAACCAGCAGCAGAAUUUGAUGUCGCCUUCUUCAAGCUUCCAGAUACAGCAGAACCUGCAGCGGUCCGGUUCGAUGCCGCGACUGAGUCAGAUCCAGCAGCAUCUCGGCGCAGCGGCGGCCGCCAGCGCGAUGCGGCAGCACGCAGGGAUCUACGGUGGACAGAUGAAUUUCGGUGGCGCCCAGAUCCAGCAGCAGCAGCACCUGGCUGCCGCAGCCGCCGCUGCAGGAAUGGCACGGUCGGGGAUGAUUACGCAGGCAGGACAGAUAUCGAUGCUGCCCGGGCAGACUGCUCAACAUUUCAAUCUGCAGUCUCAGAUGCUUGCUCAGCCAAGACAGAAGAGUUUGGUCCAAGGCGGUCAGUUCCAUUCAGCUAAUUCGUCUGGUCAGGCUGUGCAAGGAAUGCAGAAUAUGGGAAUGAUGAGUAGCCUUGGUUUCAAUCCACAGUUAAGAGCAAAUGGCCCUCUACCAUAUGGUCAACAACGUUUAGUGCAUGGGCAGAUGAGACAACAGCAGCUGUCGCAACCAACAGCUCUUACAUCACCUCAGAAGCUGCCUGGUCAAAGCUUACCCAGGACACCAUCAGCUGCUGCACUUAAUCCACAAGUAUCUGGGUUGACUCAAAACGGACAAUCGGCACUUGUACAGACUAAUCUUUCUCAACAGCAGCAGCAGUGGCUGAAGCAUUUGCAGCCAUCAUUGCCUUCACCAGGUUCUCCUUCAUUUCAUCUACAACAGCAGCAAAGGCAGCAGCAGUCGUUCUUGACACAGCAACUAGCUUCAUCGCAGCUGCACCAAAAAUCCAUGGCCCUCACUCAACAGCAAAUUGCUCAAUUGGUGCAGCAGCCACUACCUAGCCAGCAGCAGCAGCAACAUCUGAUACAACAACAGCAGCUGCAACAGAUCCAGCAGUUGCAGCAGCAGCAGCAGCUACAAUCUCCACGGCUACCAGGGUCUGCAAUCCAAAAAUCUUUAAAUUUAACUGGAUCACAACCAGAAACACCAGCUUCGGGCACUACCAUGACUGGUGGAAGUUCUAGUCAAGGUGCAGAAGCAACUAAUCAACUUCUUGGAAAGAGAAAAAUACAUGAUUUAGUUUUACAGGUAGAUCCCAUGGGUAAAUUGGAUCCUGAAGUUGAAGACCUCCUUUUGGAGAUAGCUGAUGACUUCAUUGACUCAGUUACAUCAUUUGCUUGCAGUCUAGCGAAGCAUCGCAAAUCCUCAACUUUGGAGGCUAAGGAUGUAUUGCUACACCUAGAGAAAAACUGGAACUUGGCUGUUCCAGGUUACACAAGGGAGGAAAAGAGUUACCAAAAAGAAUCUUUGCCUUUGGAUAUCCAUAAACAACGGCUGGAAAUGAUAAGAGAGUUGGCUGAAACACAUCAAUCAGAUGGAGAUAUAAGUGGUGCUAAGGUCACAAAUAAACAGGCCAUAAACAAUUCGGGAAGUGAUCACUCAAUAAAACCUUCACCAAGUUCAGAGCAGUUAUCGCUCCCUGCAGUUGGCUCACAACUUAUGCACAAAUCCCAGCGGUUUUAGAUGUUUCUGUGCGUUACAAUCUAUGACUUCAUCUUCCUCCCUGUGAUUAACUGCCCUGUUAGUGGUUUGCAAAUUCAGUACUUGCUUUCACUAGGAGUAUGGUGAUACCCGACGAACUCAUGGCCAGAUGGUUGCUAGUGAGUAAAGCAUAGAUUUCUGGGGACGAAUUGUUGUGUGCAUAAUAUGUAGAAGCAUGCAGCUAUUGCAGGACCUUGAAUGGUGAAGACUUAACUGAAAAUUAGCAUCUAGAUUAUUAAUUUUUUUCCCUUAUAAUCCACUUUGUUUUCUUCUUAGAAGCUUAAUUGGUGAUAAUUUGAAUUUGUUAGUGGGGAUGAACAAGAAUUAUUUGGGUGGUAUUGCUCUGACUUGGUGGAUCAUAUUUGUUCAUAAAUAAACUGGGGAAUGAAAUGGAUUUUAAGGAUAAGAAAUGCCUGCUUGUUAGAUGUUUUAAAAUGGAAGUCUAUAGUGCCAAUUCGGU